AUGACAACGGAGAUGAGGGGAGGCCUCGACCGCCGUUUGAUGGUGUAUUCGCCGGGCCUUCAUUUCCCGGUGUCUUCCCAAGUGUUGCGACUGCGACUCUACGCGUCCUUCCCGUGCGAAGGAGCGAACAGGUCCACCCACAGGUGCGUGAGAGAGACACGCACAGAGAGAGGAGAGAGGAGUUCACGGCUACACCGCCGGUCAGCAGACGGGCACAGGAAGAGUGCGCCGAAGGAAGGAGACGAGACGAGAAGAAGACCCUUCCGCCCUCAGCUCUAUCUUAUCAUCUUAUCAACUAUGUCCGAGAAGCGAAGUCGGAGGCGGGAGGGUGGCGAGGGCGGCGGCAGUGGCCGCCCCAAGAAGCCCAAGAGGCCCGAGGUGAAGGUCAUGGACGAAUCCGGCCAGACCAACGAAGAGCGCAGGGAACUCAGGCUUAAGCAGAGGACCCUCAAGAACAAGAUCAUCGAGCAGCAGGCGGACAUCGGGGAUCUUAACAAGGACGCCUGCCGGGAACUCACGGAGGAGAACGGGAAGCACUUCAAACAAACAAAGUUCCCUCGAGAGGCCGCGAACGACGCGGAGAACUUGAAGCUUAUCGCAGUAGGGUCCGCGGGGCAAGCCUGCCAACUCGGCAACAGCUCAGUCGGCAUCGACGGAGACGCGUUCCUUGACAGCAUCAAGAAGCACUUCGGCAGGACGAAAGGAGACGACGAACAGGGAGUGAAAACGUUCAACUGGGCAAAGUGGGGGGGCAACGUCUCGAUGGUGUACCUCGCCACCCCCGAGGGGGGCGGGUUCAUGAUGGGUCCCCUGGACAAGCCAGUGAAGGAGAGGAAGACUGCCCAAAGGAGGGAAAAGCACAUCGACGACGCCGAGGAGAUUACUCCGAUGAUGGAGAUGAAGGGCAAGAAGGCCAAGCAGAACAAGGACCAGACACAGAUGCGCAUCGCCAAGAUGAGGGAGCACGAGAAGGAGGACGCGGGGUCCAAGAAGGACAUGUUCGAGACUCUCGUCAACCCCAAGUCCUUCACGCAGACGGUGGAGAACUUGUUCGACUUCUCAUUCUUCGUCAAGCGCGGGGAGGGCCACAUCACCAUCGACCCGGAGACCAAGCUUCCACAGGUCAAGUUCGACCCUAGCACUCAGAGUGGAGACGCCCCACCCGCCGCUUCGGGCGAUGCGAAGCAGUGGUUGAUGUCCUUCACGCCAGCUGACUUCCGCGAACUCAAGGAACUCUACGGCAUGGAGGAGUCCAACUUCGAGCACCGCAGCGAGGGGCCCAAGUCAGACUACUACGACCCUCUCACGCAUGGCAACCGCGAAUCGAACCGCCAGUAAGCUAGGCCGUUGAUCUGCAGCACGGUUUGCUUUUGGUUCUCUGGCUCAUGCAAGCUGUGUGCGCCAUGGCAAGUUUAUUCGACAAAGCCGUGAGGUUGCUCAACAUGUGGCAGGAACCAGGGAGCGAUGCUGUCUGCAUCUUGGGGUCAUGGUGCAUCGUGCUGAAUACACCGCAGUGGUACGGUGGUCGUGGUACGGUAUUUAGCUUGAGUUCACUGCUCUUUGUUGUCUCCUUUUUGUCCCCGGGCGACCCUUGUUCUUGUUGUCAUUGCAUUGUUGUGUAUUUAGUCCCCAUCCAUUUAGGGUUCCUAUACUGUUCGGUACUUAAUAUGUUUGGCGCAACAGCCACAGUCACGUACGGGAGGAAGGUACAUGUAGUCACAAAAUAACCUCUUUGUUUUUUGUCCCCCUCU